AUGUUUUCUUGGUUUUGGUACAUAUUUCCCUGUUUGGGAUUAUUAUUAUUACAAAUCUUAUGGCAUAAUAAUACUGGAAAAACUCCGGCGAAAAAGAUUCCGGCAGGCAACCGGGAAAUACCGGUCAUCGGAGAAACCAUCCAGUUCAUGGCUGCCAUCAAUAGCAACAAAGGCUUCUAUGAUUUUAUCAAAAUUCGACGACUUAAGUAUGGGAAUUGCUUCAAAACGAAUAUAUUUGGGCAAACACAUGUAUUUAUAUCGAGCACGGAAGCAGCAAAGAAAAUACUAAGUAACGAAGGAGGGAAUUUCACUAAGAGAUAUAUAAAGUCAAUCGCGAAGCUCGUAGGAGAUCAAAGCCUUCUUUGUGCUUCACAUCAGCAGCAUAAAAUUAUUCGAAGCCAUCUUAGUAGUUUGUUCUCAACAACAUCUCUUUCAACAAUGGUGAGACAAUUUGAUGAAUUGACAGUUAAUAAUCUUAGCAACUGGCACAAAAAAUCCAGCAUUAUUAUUCUCCAUGAAGCUUUAAAGAUUACCCUCGAAGCAAUUUGCAAAAUGUUAAUGAGUUUGGAAGACAAAAAGGAACUAGAAAUGUUGCAUAAGGAUAUUGGGCUGAUUUAUGAAGCAAUGUUGUCAUUUCCAUUAAGACUACCAUGGACCAGAUUCUACAAAGGCCUACAGGCCAGAAAAAGAAUUAUGAAUUUGCUGGACAAGAUAUUAGAAGCAAGAAGAAAGUCCAAAGAAAAAUAUGAUGAUUUUCUUGAUUAUCUUUUGAUUAAGGAUGAUCAAAUCAUACAAUUAACAAAUGAGCAGAUUAAAGAUAAUAUAUUAACUAUGAUUAUUGCAGGUCAAGACACCACAGCUAGUGCAAUUACAUGGAUGGUUAAAUAUUUGGAUGAUAAUCCAAAAGCCCUUAAGAACCUUAGGGCUGAACAACAAGCUCUCCAACAGAAGGUUUCUUGUAAAGCAUACCUCACAUAUGAAGAUCUGAAUUGUAUGCCGUAUGCAUCUAAGGUUGUAAAGGAAUCACUUCGAAUGGCUUCAAUAGUGCCCUGGUUUCCAAGAAUGGCACUUCAAGAUUGUGAAAUUGAAGGAUUUACGAAAAAAGGUUGGAACAUUAACGUGGAUGCUAAAUCAAUACAUUUUGAUCCAAUCAUAUUCCAUGAUCCACAUAAAUUCAUUCCUUCAAGAUUUGAUGAUGAUUCAAAACCAUACAGUUUCUUAGCAUUUGGAAUGGGAGGAAGAACAUGCCUUGGACUGCAUUUGGCUAGAGCCAUGAUGCUUGUUUUUGUCUAUCGUUUGACCACAUCCUAUAGAUGGAAAGUAUUGGAUUCAGAUGAAAGUAUUGAAAAAUGGACACUAUUCUCGAGACUAAAAAGUGGUUGUCCCAUACAUGUUACGAGUAUAGAAGAGGAGAGGGACUCCCCAAAUGCAUCAAAAACAUGAAGCCAAAA